GCUCAAGACUGCUUCCGUCUUCGCAAUACUCUUUUCUGCCGUCCGCUCUCUCUGGGGUAGAGGAGUCUUUGACAUCUACCAUGAGCUCGAGUACCCGCCUGACUUCAACCCGCCCCGGCCCUAGGACCGCGAGGAUCUGCAGCGUGACGCCGUGUUUACCCAGGUUUUCUCGCGCACGUCGAUGAAUGCCGAGAGGUUCCGCGACCGCGGCCGCAUCACCGACCGUGUUAGGAACGGCAAGAACCUCUGGGACCGGGCGGGGGAGGAGUAUGAUAUGAUCGACAGCAGCGUCGAUGUGCCGCGGCUCCUAUUUGACAAACCGGAUAGAUUUCGAUACCUCCUAGAUUGGGAUGGGGAGAGCGCUGGGUUUGCGGAUUAUCGCCCCUGAGCCAACACCCUCUCAUGAUCAGUCAAGCCACAAACUGCUACACACCGUCACAUCGCCUGUCUGAAAGCGCGACAGGCUACUAUUCUGCUCAGUGGGGGAGUGGCAGUGUACCCUCGUUGCCUCGAAGGAAUGAAACUCGAAGGAAUGAAAGCUGAGCACAUCCCUGCGUCCCCGCAAGUGCUCAAAAAAGAUCGGGAGCGUCGGAGAUUCAAUGGCAAUUGGGGACGGAGUCGGUGAGAUUUAUGUCCGAUUUCGAGCCAGGUUGGAAUAUGCGGCCAGGUCCGCGCUAGAGCGAUAUUACUCGGCAAGGUUGACAAAUACUAGGUAGGUACAUUGUGAGCUCGUUGCGCGGGCAAGCUUCAGCUUCUAUUCAUCCUCUGGGUAGUAAAUUUUUGUGUUUUUCUGCUCCGGGCGAUUGGUACUAGCAUGGAAAU